UGUCGCCUGAGAGAUAUGACAUACUCUGCCCCAAUUACAGUGGACAUUGAAUACACUAGAGGAAGCCAGCGAAUAAUACGCAAUGCAUUACCCAUUGGCAGGAUGCCUAUAAUGCUGCGUAGCUCUAAUUGUGUGCUUACUGGGAAGACUCCUGCAGAAUUUGCAAAACUGAAUGAAUGUCCUCUGGACCCGGGUGGCUAUUUCAUUGUUAAAGGUGUUGAAAAAGUAAUUCUUAUCCAGGAACAACUUUCAAAAAACAGAAUAAUUGUGGAUGCAGACAGAAAAGGAACUGUUGGUGCCUCUGUGACCAGUUCUACUCAUGAGAAGAAAAGUAGAACAAACCUAGUUGUGAAGCAAGGGAGGUACUACCUGCGACACAAUACUCUGUCAGAGGACAUCCCUAUUGCAAUAAUAUUCAAGGCAAUGGGUGUAGAGAGCGAUCAAGAGAUUGUACAGAUGAUUGGUACAGAGGACCCAGUGAUGUCUGCCUUUGCUCCAAGCCUGGAAGAGUGUCAGAAAGCUCAAAUCUUCACCCAGAUGCAGGCAUUGAAGUACAUUGGGAACAAAGUGCGCAGACAGAGAAUGUGGGGAGGACCAAAAAAAACCAAGAUGGAGGAGGCCCGGGAGUUGCUUGCAUCGACUGUACUUACCCACGUGCCUGUCAAAGAAUUCAACUUCCGUGCAAAGUGUAUCUACACUGCUGUCAUGGUGCGCAGGGUGAUUCUAGCCCAAGGGGCUAACAAAGUUGAUGACCGAGAUUAUUAUGGCAACAAGCGUCUGGAAUUGGCUGGGCAG